AUCGAACGAGAAAUAUAUCUACCCCGCUGCGUGAAUAUUUUGUUUGAGUGUAAGAACUCGUUAUAUUAUUAAAAUAAGUGAACACGUUUUGGCAGGAAUAAGAAUUGUUUAAAUAGCACAUCUCUCCAAAAGGGUUCACCAUGGCUCUGUGCAAGGCAAAUAUGUUAUUUGUGCUGCUAACUAUUUACACAGUGGCAUUGUACAACGGUGCAAAUGCCAAUGAGGUGUUGAUAGAAAUAUUGUCCAAAGUGUUAACGCUUGAUACAAAGUUUGAUAAUUUAGAGACCGAAUUCAUGAAGACCGUUAACGACGUAAACACGCUUGAUAAAAGAAUGGACAAUAUGGAAAUACAACUUAAGAACAAGCUGACAGACUACACACCCAAACUAGGUGGCAUUACGAAGAGUAUAGAGUCAACAAUUUCUAACACCGUGACGAAAAUGGUGAAGUCUCAAUACCGUGCAAUAAGUACAGCCAUGAAGCGAGAAAAGGUGGCUUUAAUGACUUUGAAAACUGAAAUUAAAAACCAUAUAAAGGAAAUAGAUGACGAGUUUCAAAAUGUACAAACCAGUUUUGAAGAACGAUUGUUAAAUCAGACCCAAGCACAGGAAUAUAAGUUUGAAAGACAGUCAGAUGAUUUAGGAGAUUUCAUCAGUGAUGUGCGGGAUCAGCUAAAAGGUAAUUUAAGUGACGCACAAAAAUCACUUGACCAGGCAAUACAUGCAUUCAAGGAUGACAUAAAGAAUACAACAUUUAAUCUAAAUAAGACUCUCAACGAGAAUUUAGAAACCAUACAAAGUGAAGUGGACUUGAGAAUCACAGAUCAGCAAAACGGAAUUGUAUCACUUAACUCAAAAAUGAGCUCAACUGAGGGAAGUUUGCAAAGUUACAAGUCGUUCAGUAAUUCGAUCAGGGCGGAUGUCAACAGUAUAGAUAGCCGAGUAUCCUUAAUUGAAACGUCGCUUUCAGAAACACAAUGGAGUGACUGGGGAAAGUGGACAGUUUGCGAUACGCGGUGCGAGAGAGGGAAAUGGUUUCGUGAACGUCUGUGCAACAACCCCGUCCCGCAAUUCGGCGGAGCAGGUUGUUCUGGAGAUAAAAAAGAAGUCCGAGCUUCUUUCGACUGUUCGGAAGUAAGACAGAACCUCGGGAGAGUACCCUCUGGCGUCUAUCACAUCACAACAUGGAAAACAAACCAAAUUGCGAGUGUGUUCUGUGAUAUGGACACCGAUCAGGGAGGUUGGACUGUGUUUCAACAUCGCAUGAACGGAAAUGUGGAUUUCUACCGCAACUUCUCUUCAUACGAGAAUGGGUUUGGAUCUCUGCAGGGUGAAUUCUGGUUCGGCCUCAAACUGAUGUAUGAGAUGACAUCCCGGACAUCAAAUGAUUUAAGAAUUGACAUCACACGUGGCAGUGGUAGUACCGGCUAUAUCGUAUACGCUGACUUCAGUGUGGGAGCCGGGUCUAAUUAUACACUACAUGUAGGAAAUAUACGGUCAAAAAGUGGACUGCGUGCGAGUUAUGUAAGGAUUCAUACCUACCACAACGGUUCUGCCUUUUCCACAUUCGACCAUGACAAUGAUCGUUUCCACGGUGUUAAUUGUGCCGCUACACAUCGCGGAGGAUGGUGGUACAAGUAUUGCAUCUAUUAUAUGAACCUGAAUGGCCAGUACUAUACACCUGGAAAGAAUGACGACAACGGAACAGCUAUGACAUUUGAUGAAUAUACAACGCUAAAAUCUAGCAAAAUGAUGUUUAGACACCUCAUAACAGUUACGAUCAGGGACGCUACAUCACAGAAGGUGUUUCAACAUCGCAUGAAUGGAAAAGUGGAUUUCUACCGCAACUUCUCUUCGUACGAGAAUGGGUUUGGACUUCUGCAGGGAGAAUUCUGGUUGGGCCUCAAACUGAUGAAUGAGAUGACAUCCCGGACAUCAAAUGAUUUAAGAAUUGACAUCACACAUAGCAGUGGUUACACCGGCUAUAUCGUAUACGCUGACUUUAAUGUGGGGGCCGGGUCUAAUUAUACCCUACAUGUAGGAAAUACACUGUCAGAACGUGGAGUAUAUGCGGACCUUGCAGGGUUUAAUACCUACAACAACUGUUCUGCCUUUUCCACAUUCGACCAUGACAAUGACCUUUCAAGCAGCAGUAAUUGUGCUGUUAUCUUACACGGAGGAUGGUGGUACAAUGAUUGCAUCUAUUGUGCGAACCUGAAUGGUCAUUACCACACACCCGGAACUUAUGUCCUUAACAAAACUGCUAUGACAUUUGAUGGCUAUCAAUCGCUAAAAACUAGCAAAAUGAUGUUUAGACCUUAGACCUUAAGUGAAGCUAGUAUUUCACUAACACGUGUGUUUUCUUAUCAUAUUUAAGUAUUGGUUUAUGUUCAGUUGAUUUUUUUUCUUUUUGUUUUUAAAUAAAUUGCCAUCAUUUCAAGGUGCGGAUUGAACAACUCGCCUUUAUCGAAUACACAUUAAAACAAUUAAUUUAAAAAUUACAGCUUUCUUGCUCAAAUUAAGCUUUUUGCGGUCUUUAAUAAGGUCAUUUUAUGUUUGACUAUUAUUUGUGAUAAUCACAUUAUAAUUCAUUUUUAUAUUUUCGUUAUUAUCUCUUUAUAUACCGCGUUGGUAAUUGAUGGCUAUAAAUCGCUUAAAACUAGCACAAUGACGAUAUGUUUUUAUACCUUUUGUAACGCCAUUAUUUCACAAUCAUUACGCUUUCUCGUUCUAUUUUAGUUUUCGAUAAAUAAUAUAUUGAAUUGAUAAUAAUGUAUUGUCCACUACUCGGCCUUAAAUAAACCAACGGAUUGUACGAUCGCUUUUUUGGAAUAUUUUUUUCCGAAUAUUAAAUGUUCUGUUUCGAAAUAAAUAGAUUUAAAGAUCAGUUAAAGCAAGAAUUUUAAUUUUUGAUAGUUACAUUUUCAUUUUUAAUUGUGACACUGAAAUACUAUUUGACUGAAUUUGUUUUGUGUAUUGAAAUCAGUGUAUUGAAAUGUAAGCAUUAACAAAAUGUUUUGAAAUGUUAGAUUUGACGGAGUUUUUUUUAAAUAAAAGCAUUGACGGAGAACAUUGAAAGGUAAGCAUUGAUGGAGUGCAUUGAAAGGGAAGCAUUGAAGGAGUGUAUUGAAUGGGAAAGCAUUGGCGGAGUGUAUUGAGUGGUAAGCAUUGACGGAGUGUAUUCAAUGGGGAAUCAUUGUCGGAGUGUAUUGAGUGGGGAAGCUUGUCGGAGUGUAAUGAGUGGGGAAGCAUUGAUGGAGUAUAUUCAAAGGUAAGCAUUGAAGAAGUCCAUUAAAAGGUGAGCAUUGAUGGAAUGUAUUAAGUGGUAAUCAUGGAUUGCAUAAAAAGGGAAGCAUUGACGAAGCUUAUUAAAAGGACAAAAUUGACGGAGAAUAUUGAAAGGUAAGCAUGGAUGGAAUGUAUUGAAUGGGAGUGACUUGAUCGAGUGUAUUAAAUGGGGAAGCAUUGACGAAGUAUAUUGAAAGGCAAGCAUUGACAGAGUGUAUUGAAUGGGAAAAAAAUGAUGGAGUGUAUUGAAUAGGGAAGCAUUGACGGAGUGUAGUGAGUGGUACGCAUUGAUGGAAUAUAUUAAAAAGGAAGCAUUGGCGGAGUGUAUUAAAAGGGAAUGAUUGGCAGAGUGUAUUCAAAGGAAAAAAUGGACGUAGUAUAUUGAAUGGUAAGCAUUGACGAAGUGUAUUGAAGGGUAAGCAUUGAUGGAGUGUAUUGAAAGGUAAGCAUUGACGGAGUGUAUUGAAAGGUAAGCAUUGACGGAGUGUAAUGAAAGGUAAGCAUUGACGGAUCGAAUUGAAAGGUUAGCAUUCCUGGAGUAUAUUGAAAGGUAAGCAUUGACAGAGUGUAUUGAAAGGUGAGCAUUGACGAAGUUUAUUGAAAGGUAAGCAUUGACGGAAUGUAUUGAAAGGAAAGCAUUGACGGAGUGUAUUGAGUGGUAAGCAUUGACGGAGUGUAUUGAGUUGUAAGCAUUGAUGGAAUGUAUUAAAAAGGAAUCAUUAACGUAGUGUAUUGAAAGGAAAACACUGACGGAUUGUAUUGAAAGAGAAGCAUUGACUGAGUGUAUUGAAAGGUAAGCAUUGACGGAUCGUAUUGGAAGGUUAGCAUUCCUGGAGUCUAUUGAAAGGUAAGCAUUGACAGAGUGUAUUAAAAGGUCAGCAUUGACGGAGUUUAUUGAAAGGUAAGCAUUGACAGAGUGUAUUGAAAGGUGAGCAUUGACGGAGUUUAUUGAAAGGUAAACAUUGACGGAAUGUAUUGAAAGGUAAGCAUUGACGGAGUGUAUUGAGUGGUAAGCAUUAACGGAGUGUAUUGAGUUGUAAGCAUUGAUGGAAUGUAUUAAAAAGGAAUCAUUAACGUAGUGUAUUGAAAGGAAAACACUGACGGAUUGUAUUGAAAGAGAAGCAUUGACUGAGUGUAUUGAAAGGUAAGCAUUGACGGAUCGUAUUGGAAGGUUAGCAUUCCUGGAGUCUAUUGAAAGGUAAGCAUUGACAGAGUGUAUUAAAAGGUGAGCAUUGACGGAGUUUAUUGAAAGGUAAGCAUUGACAUAGUGUAUUGAAAGGUGAGCAUUGACGGAGUUUAUUGAAAGGUAAACAUUGACGGAAUGUAUUGAAAGGUAAGCAUUGACGGAGUGUAUUCAGUGGUAAGCAUUAACGGAGUGUAUUGAGUUGUAAGCAUUGAUGGAAUGAAUUAAAAAGGAAUCAUUGACGUAGUGUAUUGAAAGGAAAACACUGACGGAUUUUAUUGAAAGGGAAUCAUUAAAAGAGUGUAUUGAAAGGUAAGAUUUGACGUAGUGUUCUGAAAGAAAUUAAUUGACUUAGUGUAAUGAAAGUGAAGGAUUGACGGAGUAAAUGGAAAGGGAAGCAUUCAAUUUAAUGAAGUGUAUUGAAAACUAAAGCAUUUACGGAGUGUUUUGAAAGGUAAGCAUUCAAGAAGGGUAGUGAAAAGUAAGCAUUGACGGAGGGUAUUGAAUGGGAAGCAUUGACAGAGUGUAUUAAAAUGACGCAUUGAUGGAGAGUAUUGAAAAGUAAGCAUUGACGGAGUGUAUUAAAAUAUAAGCAUUGAUGUUGUGUAUUGAAAUGGAAGCAUUGACGGAGUGUAUUGAAGGUACGCAUUGACGGAGUGUAUUGAAAGGUACGCAUUGACGGAGUGUAUUAAAAGGUACGCAUUGACGGAGUGUAUUUAAAUGUACGCAUUGGCGGAGUGUUUUGCCGGUGUGUGCUGAAAGGGAUGCAUUGACGGAAUGUAUUGAAGGGGACGCAUUGACGUGGUGUAUUGAAAGGGAGGCAUUGACAAAGUUUAUUGAAUAGUUAGCAUUGGCGGAAUUUAUUGAAAUGAAACGUUGACGGAGUGCUUUGAAAGGAAGCUUUGGUGGAUUGUUUUCAAAGGGAAGGGUGUGUGAUGCGUUUUGAAAGGGAGAUAUUUAGUGAUUGUUUUUAAAGAAAAGCAUUCAGGGAGUUUAUUGAAUAAUAGGCAUCGACAGAGGUUUUCUUUACGAAGAUUAAGAAGCAAAUUGUUAAUAAUGUGAUUAUGGUUAUGUUUUAGUCAUAAAACAUAUAACUUACUUAAUUGUAAUAAAAAACAAAUGUCAAAUUUAUCAUGAUCACAGUAAUUGUAUGUGUUGACGGAAAACUAGUUACUCUCAAUAUCGUUUUAUUUUUUUCUGCUCAUGUAUGAACAUUCAUUAUUAUCUGUUGCAAAUGAAUUUCAAGGACAGCCAAUUUGCUUAUGAUAAUUAACGUAGAUGAGCAUGAUUUAUUCAUUCAUUUAUGUAUAAAUAAUGUUAUGUGUUGAAAUAAAUGUAAUUUCUGUCCUGUUCGGCGUAAAAGUUUAAGAAGCAUUUGUGAGUGUCAUGGAUUAUACACCCUAAAAAGGAUGCCAUGACCGUCUCAUAAUGUUUACGAUCUGGCGCGCUACAUUGCAGAUGGCGCACAUAAUUUAUUGUAUAGUGACUUUUAGGAUUGAACACUAAGCAUCUCAGAAACAAUUUAAUUUAAAAACAAAAUGUAGAAUGUCGAGAAAUGUAGUUCUUAAAGAACCGCUUUCGAAAACUGGUGUCCGCUAAAACGGGUGCUAAGUCGAAGAGAGGUACAUUUCAAGAAUUGGGUAAAAUAUUUUUUCAUUCUUAAAGUAUAUUUUGAGUACGUGCUGCAAGGGCAAUGUUUACAUUAUAGAAACAACACAAAUAAUGAUAACGCUGAAAGCCCUAGAGUUAUAAUUAUAGCUGGGUGUCCAACUUCAUAUUAAUAUAUUGACAAAAUUUCAACCAAUUGCUUCAAGCAAUUAUUUAGUUAAUGCCGGGACAAAGUUUGCAUUAUAAAACAUGAUGAAGCAGGAUAAAUUGAGUUAUAACAUUUGUUCCACUGAAACUUAACAUAAGAGGCGCAUAACAUUUAUUUAUUUUUGAGUUAUAACGCUUGUUCCACUGAAACUUACCAUCGGAACAUUACCAUAUGUAUCGAAAAGUACGUUAGACUUUUGAAACUGAGAUUAAAGCUCAAAUUUAAGGAAUAUACCACACUAUUUAUCCUUGUAGCAUCAAGACUACUAUAUCCUCUAUCCUUACGAUGAUACAUUUAGAAUACCUGUUGCAAUGUAUUUUCAUGAAAUAAAUAAUGUUUAAACGAAGGCAAAUUGUUUGUUGAUACCAACUACCUGAAUCAUACUGUAUAAUUAUAUUGAUGCUUUAACAGUGCAUUAAUACUAAAAUCCAGCCUGUAUCUGCGCUGAAUGCACAUCAUAUUUGCAAAAUAUGCAUAAAGCAUUAAUUUUAUAUUGCAGUUGCCGCCAGAACUGAUAUUUUCAUGGUGCAAUUAAAAAGUCUAGCUAUUUUAACUAUAUCUAAUGGUUGUCUUUUUUUUCCAAACACAAAAAUAAAGCAUAAACAAAUCAAAAGCCAUACAAAGAUAUUUGACGCUACCAAUAAAUGUUAUAUAGUUUUACAAAAGCAUUUCAGGAUACAUGCUGCCAUUACAAUUGCCUCCACAUUUCUAUGCUGAAACGCGUAUUUCACCAACAUUUGAAGUAUUUUCUAGCGAUUAAUCGCAAUACACAAAAUAUAUCACAAAAGGGUCCACCGAUAUCUGGGAGUUAUCAACUUUUUUAAAAUAUUUGCCAGGAAACAGAAAAACUUUUUAUAAUAAAUUAAAAAAAAAUCAGGAAAGAAAAAUCCGACAUUAAUAGACAGGCAAUAAUUGAGGCUCGCAGCAUAUAUAAGAAAAGUGUUAGAUCAUUUAACUAUAAAAAAAAAAUUACAAACUGCAAA